AUUGAGGACCUGCUCCUCCUCCGCCCCCUCCGCUCACGGACUUGACGUGAUGACGCCGAGCUCCUCAGGACGUCAUACGUAAGCCUGAAGUGCGGAGCAGAGACCCGGAGCCCCUCAGAGACCCGGAGCCCCUCAGAGACCCGGAGCCGCUGCAGGAGGAGAAGUUUCCCGCUGCAGGAUGAGUCCGCUGGUGUUCCCGCUCCUCCUCCUCCUCCUCCUCCUCCUCCUGGCCGACGCUCAGACGGCGUCUCUCUCACAAAGGUACGGCAGCCUGCAGUCGCCAAACUUCCCGGAGCCGUAUCCCCGGGAGACGCAGCUGCGAUGGAACAUCAGCGUCCCCGACGGCUUCAACAUCAGACUCUACUUCAGCCACUUCGACCUGGAGCCGUCCUACCUGUGCGAGUACGACUACGUCAAGGUGGAGGCGGAGGGGGAGGUUCUGGCCCUGUUCUGUGGCAGGGAGGGGACGGACACGGAGGCGGUACCGGAUCAGCAGCUCAUCACCUCCCCCAGGAACUCCCUCAGCGUCGUCUUCUCCUCCGACUUCUCCAACGAGGAGAGAUACUCUGGAUUCAUGGCUCACUACAGCGCUGUGGAUGUAGACGAGUGCACGGACCGGACUGAUGAAGACCUGCUCUGUGAUCAUUUCUGUCACAACUACAUCGGAGGAUAUUACUGCUCCUGUCGAUACGGUUACCUGCUGCACUCUGACAACCACACCUGCAGAGUGGAGUGCAGUGACGGUGUGUUCAGGGAACGCGCCGGUGUUCUGAGCAGCGUUGACUUCCCGUCUCCGUACCCGAAGAGCUCCGAUUGUUUGUACCGGAUUGAAGUGGAACCGGGCUUCAGGCUCCACCUCCAGUUUGACCCCCGCUUUGACGUGGAGGAUCACCCCGACGUCAGCUGCCCCUACGACUACAUCAAGAUUACAGCCGGCAGCAGCGAGUUCGGCCCGUUCUGUGGGGACCGGGCUCCAGGUGAGAUCCAGACCGACAGCAACACCGCCACGGUGUCCUUCCACAGUGACAACUCAGGAGAAAACCUGGGCUGGAGGCUCACAUACACAGCUACAGGAAGUCGUUGUCCUGUACCUGAAGCCCCGCCCCACGCCCUCCUGAACCCCAUCCAAUCAGAAUACUCCUUCAAAGACCACGUCCUGCUCAGCUGUGAGCUCGGAUACAGACUGCUGAAGGACGGGGAGGUUCUGGAUCACUACCAGAUGGACUGUGAGUCUGAUGGAUCGUGGAGCAGCAGUCCUCCUCACUGUCAAAUGGUGGAUUGUGGGAGUCCGGCGGAGGUCUCCAUGGCUGACGUGGUGUUUGGUAGUCAUGACAACAGCACGCUGUUUGGGUCGACAGUUCACUACGUCUGCAGGGGGGACGCCUUCCAGCUGAACUCCAGCAACAGUUCCUACAGCUGUGGGCCGAGCGGAGACUGGAUCCACCCAGAGUCCGGAACCAGACUGCCCAGCUGCCUGCCAGCCUGCGGCCGGCCCUCCCGCUCUCUCCCCCCUCAUGUGAAGCGGAUCGUGGGCGGACGCAGCGGCGAGCCCGGCCUGUUCCCCUGGCAGGUUCUGCUCAGCGUGGAGGAUCUGUCCCGGGUACCUGAGGACCGCUGGUUCGGCUCCGGGGCCCUGCUGUCCGACUACUGGGUCCUCACGGCCGCCCACGUCCUGAGGUCCCAGAGGAGGGACACGAGCGUCGUCCCCGUGGCCCCCGAACACGUCAAGGUCUUCCUCGGUCUCCAUGACGCCAGGGACAAACGUCCGGCCUCCAGCCGCUCAGUGGAGGAAAUCGUCCUCCAUCCAGACUUCCAACCAAAGAACUAUAACAACGACGUGGCGCUGCUGAAGCUGAGCGAGCGGGUGGAGUUUAACGAGCUCGUCAGUCCCGUCUGUCUGCCUCCGCCUCACAGCAAGAAUGACCCCCCUGCUCCUCUGCCUAACUCUCUGGGUGUAGUUGCUGGUUGGGGGAUCUCUAACCUCAACACCUCCUCCUCCUCCUCGGGCGGCGCCCCCCCCACGCUGACCUCUGACCCGGGGAUGACCUCUGACCUCCUGCAGUACGUGAAGCUGCCGGUGGUCUCUCAGGACGAGUGCCAGGCGAGCUACGCCUCGCGGUCCGUCAGCUACAACAUCACCGACAACAUGUUCUGCGCCGGCUUCUUCGAGGGGGGGCGGGACACCUGCCUGGGGGACAGCGGGGGGGCGUUCGUGAUGGAGGACGCGGUCAGCAGGAGUUGGGUGGCGUUCGGCUUGGUGUCCUGGGGCGGGCCGGAGGACUGCGGCAGUCAGAGGGUGUACGGCGUCUACACCCGAGUGGCUAAAUAUGUGGAGUGGAUCCAGGAGCAGCUCCAGGCUGAGCCCUGGUGGUGAGACGCCACACAGACUCUCUGAAGGUGAAGAAACCAAACGCUCAGUCUAGAUCAGACCUGAUCCAAGUUACUGCAGCCUGAAGGUUCAACAUCAGACUCACUGCCAACGAAAAGACCUUCAGCAUCAGGACCAGGAUCCUCAGACCAGAACGUGAUCCAGAGUCUGCUUUAAAGGGGGUUUAUCCGAAUACACAGUCAGAGUCUCACCUGCAGCAGAAUCAGAGCUGCAAUAGUUUCAGAGCUUUAGCUGCCGUCAGACAGCCGAUCCCUUUGGAACUACUUUUUCUCACUGGAUUUCUUCUGUGUUCCUACGCAUAAACACAACUUAGCUGCACACUGUAUCACGCCGCCGGAGAUCAGCUGUUUGGAUCAGACUUGCAGCGGUUUAUGGAUGAAAGACGAGUGACCAAGAUCAACUUUAUUGUCAUCUUGGGCAUCGGUGCUGCAAGGCUGCAGGAACAAACAGUAACAUUUGGUGACGAUAGCAUCAGGGAUGAAGAGCUGUUCUCUGAGAGGGGACACUUUACUGGUCUGAAGAGAGAGAGAGAGGGGGGACACUUUACUGGUCUGAAGAGAGAGAGAGAGGGGACACUUUACUGGUCUGAAGAGAGAGAGAGAGAGGGACACUUUACUGGUCUGAAGAGAGAGAGAGAGAGGGG